AUGUUUGCUACACGUGCUGAUAAGGAAAAAGUGUUAUAUGAGAAAUCAUGGUUGUUUGAUAACGGUUUGUUUGCAUCUAAGUUAUUUGAUGGGUUUAACCAGCCAAGUAAGAUUCAUUUUGACUAUGAGGAAUUUUGGAUGCAGCUUCAUAAUUUGCCUUUUGCAUUCAUGAAUAGAGUGUAUGGGGAGAAGAUAGGGAUGACAAUUGGGAAAGUUCUGGAAGUGGAUCUCCUGGAUGAUGGUAUAGAGUGGGGCAAGUUUUUGAGAAUCAAGAUUGAAUUGAAGCUACAUCAAGCACUGGCUAUAGGGAGAAUGACUAGUGUGCAAGGGGAUAAAGUGUGGAUUCCCAUUAAAUACGAAAAAUUGCCAAAAGUCUAUUUUAUGUGCGGUUAUCUAGUUCAUGAAGCAGAUGGUUGCAUGUCUAAAAGUGAGAGUUUGUCUCAGCAUGCUAAAAAGACUCAACAAUUUAAUUCGUGGCUUCGUGCGGCUCCUGCUUUAAUCAAAAGGAAUUACUCUAAUGGGAAGUUUAGUAAUGGUGAUGGCGAGAAGUGGAAGAAGGGUCCAGUGUAA